GGCCCGCCCCUGGCCUCCCCUCCCUUCCCCCAGGUAUAAGAGCCUAACUUAGGUGAGCUGGCUCCUCCCGUUCAGUCUCUGCAGCUGCCAGCAGGCAGAUCAUGAGCCAUCAGCUUCUCUGGGGCAGGCUGUAGGACGAAGGACAAAGCCCUCGCCAAACGAUCAGUGCACCAGACACCAUGGGACAGUGUCGGUCAGCCAACGCGGAGGAUGCCCAAGAAUUCAGUGAUGUGGAGAGGGCCAUUGAGACUCUUAUUAAGAACUUCCACCAGUACUCUGUGGAGGGUGGAAAGGAGACAUUGACCCCUGCUGAGCUACAAGACCUGGUCACCCAGCAGCUGCCCCACCUCAUGCCGAGCAAUUGUGGGCUAGAAGAGAAAAUUGCCAACCUGGGCAACUGUAAUGACUCUAAACUGGAGUUUGGUAGCUUCUGGGAGCUGAUUGGAGAAGCAGCCAAGAGUGUGAAGAUGGAGAGCCCUGUCCCUGGGAGCUGAAAACCUCAUCCUGGAACUUGUGGGUGGGGGGUGGUGGUUGGGGAGAGGGACCUUAGAGACUAUGGGCCUGGAAAUAAAACUUCUCCCCACCCCCAUCACUCUAUUCCCAGCCUGCACCUCAUCUCUGCAUGGUUCAGGCUCAUGACAGCCUUCCCCAUGGGCUCUGUGAACUCAUUCAGGGUGCUCUGUAACGCUCAUGGGUUCAGAAGUCCCCACCCCAGGGUAGCUCAUGGGGUGGGUUGGGGCUGGGGGGGACAUGCAAGAAUGCUGGAAGGGGCUGGGAAGGAUGCUGCAAGUGAUUUGGUAAUGGGGAAGGGCUGAGAGGAGCUGGGCUGUGGGAAAUGAUUUGAGGACUGGGGCUGGGAAAAUGGCUGGAUACUUGGCACUAAAAAGAGUCUCUGAGAACCUCCCCCUCCUAAACUCCUGUCUAACCUAAACUGCAGUCAUCUUCUCCAACCCUCCCUGAUCCCAGCUCUGCUCCAUCCUCUUCCCAGGAUCUCUCCUUGAGCAGAGACACAGGAGAAGGGAGCAGGGUUGGAGAAGAGGCUGAGGAGGGUAUGAUUUGGGAUGAGAUGACCAUCUGGGUGCUUGGGCAUUUACAGAAUAGUAGUUUUGUAUCAUUUGAUUAAUAAAAAAUGGAAAAAGUGAAA